AUGUAAUAAGUCAAAUAGUUUGCCAUUCGAAGACCAAAUGUAGUGCAGAAGCCCAAGGCUGAAACAAUCCCAUUGAAACCUGUUGGGAAGGUUCUUCAACAAAUUCCUCUAUUACACUCGUAAGUACCAGAGAAUAAUUCAAUUCUAUUUACUCAAGAAGAAUUUAAAAAAUUAUAGUAAGAAAAUGAACAAUUAAGACACUAGCUUAAUAAUAAGUUUUAGGAUUAUGAUAAGAAAAUUUAAAUCAUGAACGAGUUAGUUUACAAAUUUGAAGAAUAAAUAAAGAGAAGAGAAAGUGAUAUUCAUUAUUAUAUUCAUAAGAUCGAAUAUAAUAUUAAGGAAAUCAAAUAAUAGAAGGAAGUCAUUGCCAAAUUGAGAAACAAGAAGAAGGAUUACAAGAUGAAAUUCUUAGCUCUAUAAUAAUAGAACCCGCAACAGCAGCAAGAUCCCUUUCAAUCCUUAGUAGAAAUGAGGGAACUUCUGCUGCAAUUCAGAUUGACAGCCCAAGUGUUGCCACUUCUAUAACAAUAGUGGAGAUUGAGACAAUAUCAAAAUCAAAUUAUCGAUGUGGACAAUAUGAAUUAUGAAGAAUUGCUAUCCCUGGGAGAAUAGAUAGGCAAUGUGUCCAAUGGGAUAGCUAGGGAAGACAUCAGGAGAAUUCGUAAGCAAGUGAUUUAGGCGAGUGACAACAUCCAAGGAGUCUGUCCAGUCUGUCAAUGCAACAUGGAAAUAGGGGAGAAGUAUCGACGCUUGGGUUGCAAUCAUCAUUACCAUGCAAAAUGCAUCAAGACGUGGUUAUUGUAGCAUAAUAAUUGUCCUGUUUGCAAACAGAAUGUUGUAAUUGCUAUUUGA